AUGUACACUGAGGGCAUCAAGUGCCGUAUCUUCUCAAUUACUCUUACCGGACCAGCUCAGUUAUGGUUUGGGACGCUUCCCCCGAAUUCUAUUUACUCUUUUGAAGACUUACAGACUCGCUUCCUACGACAGUUUGCGAGCUCGCGGAGGGUAGGGAAGUCAGCUCUCUCGCUGAUGGACAUCAAGCAGGAUCAGGGUGAGACAUUGCGGGAGUACACAGCGAGGUUUAAUCUUGCCGCUCUGGAAGUGCCAGAGGCAGAAUCACAAAUCAAAAAUUGCGCAUAUGUUCGAGGACUCAGGCCGGGGAUCUUCUUUGACGAAUUGCAAAUCCAACGAGCAAGGGAUUUCGAUGAUAUUAUGGCAAGGUUGUCAGGUUACUUACAGUUAGAGGACGCCAAGAUGGCGAGAAAAGUGGAAAAUGAUAAACACAGGGUCAAAAAGGCCGAUGAAGCACCCGAGAGACAGAGACACCAAGAUAGGGCCCCAUUCAGAGGGUUGCCUCCGAGGGUACUGCCACCCCAGGGAGGAAUGCCGUCUCAUCAACAACGCACUGUGAAUGAGGUUACGCGGUUUACUGAGUACACGCCCUUGAAUAAACCACAAGAUGACAUUUUCCAUUUAAUAAAAGACCAACCGUUCUUUCGGGCACCGGGAACCUAUCGGAAUGGGCCACCACAGGAGGGGCCUAAUAACAAGCUAUGUGAGUAUCACAAUUCUUUUGGACAUUACACAAAAUAUUGCGAACAUCUUAAGCACCAAUUGGAAUUACUGGUGCGCCAGGAAAAUCUCGACCAAUUCAUUGACAGAGAAAAUGAGGGCCAGAGGCGGAAUGAUCAGAGAGAUUAA